UCCGGCGGAAGUAAACAACAAGGCGCUAGCAUCGUUAGCUUCCAGGUUUUCUUCUGUUUAUCGUCGGUUUUUGCUGUGUGAGCUGAAUAUUUCAGAGUCUGCAGUAACAACAUCUUCGGUUCAUCAUCUGAGAGAAUUGAUCAGAGAGCGACUAACUGCUGCUGCUGGAGAAAUAUUCAGAAACAUCGUUCAUUAGGAGGAAGAGAUCGAUCAUCAGCUCAGACUGCUGGAUAUCAGCUGGAAAACCCAGAUCAGAUCAGAACCUACAGAUCUGGCUCAUGUCUGCUACCACUUCUGGGGUUGUUCCGGAUCAUGUUCUCAUAACUAAAGACAUGAAGUCCAUUGUCCACAAGACAUCAAACACUAUAAAAAUAACAGAGGAACACAAGGAACAAGACUACAUGACUGACACAAAAGAGGAACCAGAACCUCAACCAUUCAAAGAAGAACAGGUUGAACUGAUCAUCUUUAAGGAUGAAGGGCAACUUAUAGUGAAUCAACAGACCAAUGCCUUUAUGGUGACUUCUGCUAAUGAGGAAAUAUUCAACAAUGGACCAGAGCUGCAGCAGAUGAUAAAGGAGGAACCAGAACCUGUACAGAUUAAAGAGGAACAGGGGGAACCAGACCUUGCACAGAUUAAAGAGGAGCAGGAGGAACUCUGCAGUAAUCAGGGUGAAGAGCAGCUUGUAGUGAAGCAGGAGACUGACAGCUUUAAAGUGACUCCUACUUAUGAGCAAAAAGACGACAGUGAAUCAGAACCAAACCAGAAUCAAUUACUCUCUGAAAACUGCCCUGAAGAUGAGAACCAACGUCAACAAAAAGGCAUUCAGAAACACUCAGAAUCAAGUGAGGAUAAAGAUCUGGAGCUAGAGAAGGACACCAGAAACCAUAGGCCCACUUUGGACAAUUUGGAACCAAAAACACAUAAAACAGAUUUGCCCUGCUGUGAUGUUUGUGGUAAAUGCUUAACAACCCGUCAGCACUUGAGUUUGCACAUGAGAAUUCACACAGGGGAGAAGCCUUAUUCUUGUAAAACGUGUGGUAAAUCUUUUAGGAACAGCAGUAAUUUGAUUCGACAUGAAAGAACUCACACAAGAGAGAAGCCGUUUUGUUGUGAAGUGUGUGGUAAGUCUUUCAGAUAUGGUGGACAUUUGACUAUUCACAAUAGAACACACACAGGGGAAAAGCCAUAUCAUUGUAAACUAUGUGGGAAAUCUUUUAGUGACUGGACUAGUAUGGCCAGACAUAAGAGAACUCACACCGACAAGAAGCCAUAUUCUUGUGAUGUGUGUGAAAAAUCUUUCAAAGAGCGAAACGAGUUGGCUCGUCACCUUAAAACUCACACAGGUGAGAAGCCUUUCUCAUGUUUGACAUGUGGAAAAGGUUUCAUUAGGAAAUCUGCUUUAACUAUGCACAUGAGAACUCACACAGGAGAGAAACCGUAUCCUUGUGAAUUGUGCGAUAAAUCUUUUAGAGACCAUAGUAAUUUAGCUCGUCACAUAAGAACUCACAUGGGUAAAAAGCUGUAUCCUUGUGAUUUGUGUGAUAAAUCAUUUAGAGACCGUGGUAAUUUGGUUCGUCACAUAAGGACUCACAUGCGUGACAGGCAUCCUUGUGGAUUCUGUGAUAAAUCUUUCAGACAGGGUAGUAAUUUGGUUCGUCACCUUAGAACCCACACAGGUGAGAAACCUUUCUCAUGUCUGAGUUGUGGGAAAGGUUUUCCCAGGCAGUCUGCAUUGAAUGUGCACAUAAGAGCUCAUACAGGUGAGAAGCCUUAUCCUUGUGACCUGUGCCAAAAAUCUUUUAGAGACAAUAGCAACUUGGCUCGUCACCUCAGAACUCACACAGGUGAGAGACCAUAUUCUUGUCAACUAUGUGGUAAGUCCUUCCAACACUCUUAUUAUUUAACCAAUCACUUGAGAACUCACUCAGGGGAGAAGCCAUAUCCUUGUAAAUUGUGUGAUAAAUUUUUCAUGCAGCGUAGCGAUUUGGCUCGUCACCUUAGAACUCACACAGGUGAGAAGCCUUAUUCUUGUGAACUGUGUGAUAAAUCGUUUAGACAGAGUAGUACUCUGACCCGUCACCUUAGAACUCACACUGGUGAGAAGCCUCACUCAUGUUGAUUGUGGAAAAGUUUUCGGUAAUCAAGCUCUGUAGACUCACACUGGUGAGAGCCCUUGUUAGAUUACUGAAAAUGAAACGUGGGCAUGUGCCAAGAGGCUGACGGCCAAUAGGUGCCCGUCUAUUUGAACUCUAACCCUAGUUUUUUCUUUUUGUUUGUGCAUUAUUUUUUAUAUGUGGUGAAAAUGGAGCAUUUUGGUUAAUAUGCUGGUCACCAUAGACUAAUACCAGGUGACUCUACAAAGAAGUCUGCUAAAACUAUUUGUGUUGUAAGAUCUUUUAACUUAUGUACAUGCAAUGUGAGACUAAAGCAAAACUGUGGAAUAAGCAACGGCUGAAUUUAGUACAAGUUUUCAAGUAGACAUUGCUAUAGCACGGUGUGGUUCUGGCUAAUGUUCCCAUUUUGCCAAGCAAGCCUUGACAAAAGUUGGCAUCCAGCUUCUUUAUAUUGUGUCCCUGAAAUGCCAGAACACAAAAGACUUAUUGAUUGUUGUAUUUGUUUCUGGGUUAUCAUUUUGUUGUAUGCAUGUUAUGUAAAUCAGUUUGUAACUUCGGUUUUGAAAAGUAUUUUUUAAACAAAGAGUUUAAGACUUUGAACUAUGGGGAUUUAUUUUGUUUCCUUUUUCCUCAACAUGAGUUCUUUCCCGCAUAAAACGACUUUGAUCUUUUUAUAUAAAUCAUGUUAUUUUAUGUUCAUGUUAUUUGUCUAUCAACUUCAACAUUUAAUGUAAAUAAAUAGAACGAGUCUUUCAUUGACUGAAGACUAGCUCCUAACAUUUAUAGACUUUUUCUUAAAAACCAAAUCGUUAUUGUAUAGUAGUUCAUAGUUUCCAAAAUGUGCUUCUAUGCCUAGUCACAGCUUUGAUGGGUGUGAUGAUGAGCUUUGUUAAAUUUCUGCAUGUUAUUCAGGACAAGAAGCUGAGUGUUAGGGUUGAUGAGUGAGGGAUGCUGUAGCCGGUUUAUGGAUCAACUGUCCUGUUCCUGACCAAUCAGAUAGUUUGUUCUUGUUCUUUAGCGGACUAUGGCUGGUAAGCACCAGGUUGAGGGUCCUUCAGCAUGAAAGUGACUUGACACAGUGGGAUUCUUACUAAGUACCAUGUUGGUUCUGUUGGCGAAACUGUACAACCUAAAUGUCAUUAAUAUUUUUCACAGUUAUACUGGAAUUGUUGCACUUGAAAUGUUUCCAUAAGAAUAUUAUUAAAACAUAUAUGGAAGGUGUGUACUUUGAGUAGUCAGGAAAAUGGCGGAUGAAAUCCCAGGUAUGGUGGGUGAACUUCCAUCUGCAGGGAGGAUAGGAUGAUCGUGGUCAGGGUCAUCAAUCCGUACAGCAGGGUGCUGUUUUCCUGUAACAGUCGCAGGGUUCCCGCACUUUCUGGAAAAGAUGAAAAUCUCUGAUGGUUGUUUUCACAGUUUUUAAGGUUUGUGUUAAAGAAAAUAAGUUUGGACAAUAUCUGUAUUUCCAGACUUAUUUCAUAUGCCACUGUUUAAAUGUUGUGUUCUUCCUUGUCUCUGUAUUAUAGCAUACUUUGUGUCCUGCCUUCCUUUUGUUUUCCUGUCUUCCCUCUCAUCUUCCUCCUUUCUUGCUUCUUUUUCUCUAUAUCUUCCCUUCUUUCCUGUUCUCCUCCCUUCUGUCCAUCCUUCCUUUGAUUCUUUCUUGAUUAGGUCUUUUCCUCUGUCAUUUCAUCUUUAAUUCCUUAUGUCCUUCCUCCUUUGUGUACCUCCUAAUGCCACUUCUUUCCUUCCUUCCCUUUGCUUCAGCUUCUUUCCUUCACUGUGUCUUCACAUCCUGCUUGUUCUCUUCCCUUCUCUCAUCCUUUUUUCUGUUUUUGCUUAAUUGUAUCCUUUUCUCUGCCAACUCAUCCUUUAGUUCCCUCUUUAACUCCUUGUAUCCUUCCUUCCUGGAGUGAGCCAGGCUGUAACAAGUUUAGCAACAUGAUUAUGGAUAGACAUUAUUAGAUUAACAAAUGUAAUUUGAAAAAAUAUCAAUAUAAAAAUAAAAUUAUUUUAAAAUAU